AUGUCAGAGGCGAAACGUGUACCUCUGCAGACCCUGGAGUUUCCGGAGUCCCUGGGCCACGCGACGAAGAAGGAGAAAAAGGGGAACAUGGGCAAACAGCUCGCGCCCUCCUUUCGCUUCACGAUCACCCUGCCCGAGUCGAACGAGAAGACAUGCCCGGAAUUCAACUACUCGCAGCUCCUCAAGUCGGCCGAGAAAAAACGGAGGAAAGAACAGAAGACGGGAGAUGAGAAUGCGACCAACGGAUUGGAUCUGUUCGACGAUGACGACGACGAGGCCAAGCUUAGGGACAUGGCGAGACGAUUCGAGGCGAAAUACGGAACGUCCACUAUGGGGAAGAAGAGGCACAAGUACGACGAUUACGUGGACUUGGGCGCAGGAUACGAUGAGAACGACUCCUUCAUCGACAAUACUGACGCGUACGACGAGAUCGUGCCCGAGGAGAUGACCACAGCGCACGGUGGUUUCUACAUUAAUUGCGGAGCUCUCGAGUUUCGAGCGGCCGAUGCAAACUCGGUAGUUCAUAAUAACAACAACAGCAACAACAGCGACGACGAUGAGAGCAGCGAGAGCAGCGAGGAAGACACUGAAGAUGUAGAUAGUCCUAAGAGAAUAGAUAAGCGAAUCAUCAGCUCAUCGGACGAUGAUGAGACGGAGGAUAUUACCGGUGAUAACCUGCGAAAACGACGGAAAAUCGAGGAGAGCGGCGAGAAGAAAGGUAAUCAUGAGAACAGCAAGAAGAGGAAAAAGCCGCAAAAUCAUCAGGCGCAGGAUCAGCAACAAAAUUCUCAGCAAGAUUUAGAUCUUUUGAGACGGAAGGAGAAGAACGAGACGACGGAUGCCGAGGGCGGCACAGCUUCGGAGGAUCAAGAGGAGAAGAAAAAGUCCGAUAAACCAGAGAAGAGUAAAAUAAGUGAGAAAAAGUUCGAUAUAAAGAAAUUCGAGAAGAAAUCGUCCAAUAGUAACGGAUAUGACGCGAAGAAGAUGGAUUUGAAGAGAUUGGGCGGUAAAGACAGUAACAUCGACGACGCGAUAGAGAGUGUCGUCAACGCGGCCAGAGGAGUCGAAGACGACUCGAGUCGCGACACAACGGAUUCAGGAAAAUCGCGCGUUUGCCUUUACGUCGAGUCCGACGGCGAGGAGAUGGAGAACAAGGAGGCGUUGUUACCUGAAAAUCUUCCGGAGGACGUAAAGGAGAUAGUGAAUAAGUUGAAGCUCCAGGCGGAGAACAGCAAAGACGGCAAGAGCAAGUUUUUCAACAGCGCGGUUAACGAGAUACUCUUCACCCUGGAGAAGAAACUGCGGAUGCUAAAUUCGCCUAGCAUAAGAUUACAGACGUACGGUCAUCUGGUGCGAUUUUUGCCUUGUAGCAAGAUCACUCUCCUCAGCAGAGCGAAGAAGCUUUAUCUGAAGGACGCUGAACACCGAGUAAACGAACCGAUGCAAAAAUUAAAGGCACUUAUCGAUAAUGUGAUGCCAGCGGUCAUGGACAAGUACAUGAAGGAGUGUCAGAAAGUUGCUGAUGAGAAUCCUCAAUUAUACUGGGAGAUAUAUCGGUACUGUUGGGGCUUCGAGGGAUCUCCUCCCGCAGACCCCGAGAGCAGUGACGAGAAUGAGGAUGGUUCCUCCAAGAACACGGAGAAGUCAAAGAUACCGCGGAAGCGAUUCCCAUGGAGCGACGAAGCCAAGAAGCUCAUUCUCGAGAUUGCGAAUGCCAGGAGACAUUACUUCAAGAUUCUCAGACCGCGGAAGGAGAGCAUGGAAUCGUUCGUCGCCACGUUCAUGGAUACGAAUGUUUUAACGUUGUGGCCACCCGGUUGCGUACGGUUGCAGACCUUGUUGAAGUAUGCUAGUCCCGUUGAACCUGUCAUCAAGAAGAAAUUGAAGAAACCGAAAGAGACGGCUAGUGCGAACAACCUCGUCGUUUCUGCUAAUACUCAAGUGUGCAAUUCCGCAAGAAAUGAUACAACAACCACGAAUAACGUUUCUGCUCAAGAAAGCGAAAAGAUCAACGUGAACGUGUGCAAAACUCACGUCAGCCUCGAAAAUUCGACGAAUUUCGCGAGUCAGGCAAAGUCCAAUGACAUCAUCAGCGCCGAUAAGAAGCAGCAGAGCAGUAAGCACAAAGAGAAACACGCGGAGAACAAUGCGAGUCAGGCAGAAAGCGGCACGGUGAACAAUUCCGCAGUUGGCAAAAUCUCGGUUGUACCCACGGCUCAACUGAUGGCUCAGAAACCAGUCAAGAGUCACAUCGAGAAAUUCAAUCUCAUGGACCUAACGAACAGCUCUCUGUCUAUCACGCCGGUCAACGACUACCACAAGCAGUCGGCGAAGACGAGCGAGGGGAAGAAGGACGUCGUUUCCAUCACGGCGUGUCCGGAACCUACGAGCCACUCCAAGCCGAACGAGAUCUCGCAGACUGGACAUCAUCCCGUGUACAGGCAGGAUGCUUCCUACUCGUCGAUGUCGAAUCUGAAGCACAGGUUCCUGCAGGAGAACGCCGACGCAAAAUGCGAGAAGAGGCUGGACGACAAGGACGACACGAUGGCGAGCAAGGGCGACAAGAAGGACAAGAGGAGAGAGCGAACCGCGGAGGUGAAGCAUAAAUCAUCAUCAUCAUCAUCCCACGACGCGAAGAAGAGGAAGAAGGAUGGAGAUCGGAAGAUGAUGGAGCAACAGUUAGGGCCUAUUACUCAGGACGGAGUGCCUAUGCCGCAGCAACCGACUCUCUCGAAGGAGGAGCAGGAGCAGAUGCAGAACGAGGAGACGAUCGCCGCGACCACCUUCCUCAGUCAGAUGAUCAACGAUGACCCGUCGUCGCGGGGACUAACGGAUAAGCGGAAAGACGGUUUCAUCGCGGACGACGCGCUGGGGAACAUGACGCAACCGACGGACCAGGAGAAGGACGUCCAGAUGGUGAUAAGAUCGUUGAAGGAACUGCAGGAGUUGCAGGGGAAAUACUCGCCGAAUAAUUCGCCGAUCGGCGGUGCCAUUCAGAAGCCCAGUAAAUCGAACGCGCAAUACGUCACCUACCAGGACGAGUAUCAACGGUUGUAUCUCAAGAAGGACGACAAGAUGAGAGCCAAGGAUGAGCCGCAAUGGUAGAAGCGACAGCGUCGCGCACACCGUUUUUCCCCUUUCGAGGUUGAACUUACUCAUAGUGGACAAUAGCGUCGAUUAUUUUCACGACAAAUGUAAUGUAAUUCAGGCGAGCCUCCCGACAUUCAUAUGUAAUAGUGUUUCUUUUGCGCAAAACGAGCGAAUUGAGCGAGCUCCACUCGAGAACUUCUUCCACUGUCGGUGAGGAUAAAAUCCACGCAGCUGCCGAGACCGCGUGUCUACUGUCGCGUGAGGAUUUUCAAGUAUUUUCAGGCGAAAGUCGCCAGACUAUGUACAUAUAUUAUAAAUUCGCUAGCAGUAGUUUCGGUUGUACGUGUACAGAGUAAGCAUAAAUUAUGAAAACCUAGUACUCGAACAAUGCGCGAGAUCACCGAGUACACUGAGCGAGCGGACAACGAGCGAACGGAUCGCGAGAUCGGGUACUGGAAACUCUCCUCGACAUGUAUCUCGUCAUGAGCGAAUUGCGCGAAUGGAAGACUCGCAAGACGUUUCAUCAGUAUUCGUAUGCGCAUCCUCGAAAUGUUUAGCAGCGAAAUUUUAUCGUCGCCGUCCGUUCCUCGUUCGUUCAGUGUAUAUAUGUAUCUUCGUAGGUAUCUGUAAAUAAGUUAGUAGCAUUCAAUCGUCUUUUUCUUUUGUUUCUUUAUGCGAGUUGGGUGAUUUACGAGAACCGUGUUCCCAUUUUCACCGUCGGUAUCCUAAUAUUCCGAUAUUAGAAUCCAACGAUUCUGGUAUUUCGAUAUUAGCGUCCAUUAUUUUGCGUUCCACGUGCGUGAGCUUUCCUUUUAAUCGUAAAUCGUGAAGUGCUUUCUUCUUUUAUGAAUACUGCCACGAUAAGGGGGGCACCAUGGGUAUUUAUUCAGUAAUGCAUACUUUUUAUCUUACAUUCUUGACCAGUCCUGUGUCACGGCGCGAAGGGGUGUCUUGUAUAUCGUUCCUUUUCUGUGUUUCCGGUAUCGUCGUCAAUGCAAUUAUGCAGUCUAUGUGAUUAAUGAAGAGAGAAAAUCGGUUUCGUGUGUUCUAAUAUUUUUUGACGAUAGUUUGACAGAUUUUAUAUUAUUAUUGCCUUCCAAGUGAUUUCUUAUGAAUUAAUGAUGAGUAAAAAAAAAACGGAUCGGCGAGAUCGUAUGUGUAGGGCGAAUCGGAAUGAGGACCGUGGUAUUUGUCACUGGUGGGACAAAACGCGCACUCACGAUAGAUAAACUACUUCCAUUGUACAUUAUCUCUCUACGCUGGGAUUUCUUGUUUUGUAACAUCACAAUAAGAUAUACAUGUAUCUUCGGCACUUUCAGUGCCGGAGGAGGGAGUGCGAUUAUCAUUAGAUUAGCUCGAGGAGAAGUACGUGCGAGUAUCCGUUGCUUUAUCGAUUUACAAAUUUUGUGUGGCUUUGUUGUAUGCGGCUUGACUGACUAAUAGGUAUAAUGAAUAGUAUGGAAAACGGAGAGAAUGCGAGUGAGAGAGAGAGAGAGAGGGAGAGAAAGGGAGAGAAUGCGCGAGAAAUGCUUGAGAGAGAGAGCGAGAGAUAGCUAGGAUAUUUUUGGAACACAUAAAGAUGACGAUUAGUACUGUAU